AUGGUGAAGCAGAAUGGGUGCGGGACGAUUGCAUCAAGAAUCGGACACUUAUCGCUUUUGGACCGCGUAUAUCAGAUGGUGGACGACCCAUCAACGAAUUCAAUCAUCUCGUGGAGCCAAAGCGGCAAGAGUUUCAUCGUUUGGGAUCCACUGGAGUUCUCUAGAGAUCUUCUAGAGAGAAUCUUCAGUCACCACGAUUUCUCAUUAUUCAUUCAGAAGCUCAACCAUUUUGGUUUUAGGAAAGUUGACUCUUCUGAGCAAUGGGAAUUUGCAGAUGAUGAGUUUGUGAAAGGUGAGCCUGAGCGUGUUGGGAAUAUAUAUAGACGCCUUGAUUCAGAUUCCGAUUCAGAUGCAAAACCUAGUGUCACGAGACUCAAAACGAUGAAGACAGUCGUGAUGAAAAGGAAAAUUAAGCCCACAGUGGAUAAUAAAACGAUGAAGAGAGUCGAGAUGAAAAAGAAGAUUAAGCUGAGGGUGAAUAAUAAGAAAGCUUCAAAGGCGGUAGGGGAUCAGUUGCAAGGUUUACGUAUUUGA